UUUUUCAUUGAAAUAUUUCUCUCAACCUAAGACACUCCUCUAAACACAACAUAAAAAAUAUUUCAUCUAACUCGUAAAAAAGAGUUUAUAAUUUCAAUAAUCUCCCAAGUUGUGCUGCUGUGUGUUAAUGAAACAAACAUGGCAGAUGACACUAAAAAAAUUCAACCUAAAUAAAAUCCCUUUGCCUCCGUCUGAUUGGUUGCAGCUAUUUACUGUAAUGACAUAAUGUUGUGGCUGACAGUGUUUCUGUUUUUACAUGUUUACCUCCACCACUAGCUAUGCUAACACACACACGCACACAGCUGAACUACAUUUAGCUCAUCGAUGUAGUGAACGCUGUGUGAGCCGUCUGGCAUUACUGGGCAACCAAACAGCCUCAUGGUGGGCGAGAGAGCAUUGGAGAGAGAGAGGCUGGGAGAGAGAGAGAGGGAGGUUGGCAUUUAGCUGUCAGGAAAGCAGAAGCCUGAUGAAAAGCAGCGCCGAGGACGAAACAGAGACAUUUUACUCAGAAUUUUCGACUUGUGAAACUUGUUGGACCCCCUCAGGUCGGACGGUUUCAGGAUGACCGUCACUUAUUCCAGUAAAGUCGCCAACGCCACCUUCUUCAGCUUCCACCGGCUGCUGCUGCGCUGGAGAGGAAGCAUCUACAAGCUGCUGUACCGAGAGUUUGUCCUGUUCGUGUUGCUCUACACCGUCCUCAGCCUUGUCUACAGACUCGUCCUCUCCGAUGACCAGAAGAGAUUGUUUGAGAAACUUUCUAUGUACUGUGAUAAAUACGCUGAGCAGAUUCCAGUCACCUUUGUCCUGGGUUUCUACGUGACUCUGGUGGUGAAUCGAUGGUGGAAUCAGUUCGUUAAUCUGCCGUGGCCCGACAGACUCAUGUUCCACAUCUCCAGCUGUGUUCAGGGUAAAGAUGAAUAUGGCCGUCUGCUGCGCCGGACGCUGGUUCGUUACGUUAAUCUGACAUCACUGCUCAUCUUCAGAUCCGUCAGCACGGCUGUCUGCAAACGCUUCCCGACCAUGGAGCACGUGGUGGAGGCAGGUUUCAUGACUCCUGAGGAGAGGAAGGUCUUCGAGAACAUCCGAUCUCCUCACCUGAAGUACUGGAUUCCUGUCGUCUGGUUCUCCAACUUGGCAUCUAAAGCGCGACAGGAAGGACGAAUCCAGGACAGCAUCGACCUGCAGAACAUCCUCAACGAGAUGAAUAAGUUCAGAACCUGGUGUGCGACUCUGUUCGGCUACGACUGGGUCGGCAUCCCGCUGGUUUACACUCAGGUUGUUACUCUGGCCGUCUACACCUUCUUCUUCGCUUGUCUGAUUGGUCGACAGUUUCUGGACCCCACCCAGCGUUACCCAGGCCAUGACCUCGACCUCUACGUCCCCAUCUUCACCCUGCUGCAGUUCUUCUUCUACGCCGGCUGGCUGAAGGUAGCGGAACAGCUGAUCAAUCCUUUCGGGGAAGACGACGACGACUUCGAGGCGAACUGGAUCAUUGACAGGAACCUUCAGGUGUCUCUGCUGGCGGUGGAUGAGAUGCACAUGAACCUGCCUCACAUGACCAAAGACAUGUACUGGAACGACUGUGAUGCUCGACCGCCCUACACUCUGGCUGCUGCAGAUUACUGCAUCCCAUCGUUCCUUGGCUCCACCACUGACAUGGGACUGUCGGACAUCCUGCAGUUUGACGAUGUUGAAGGCAGUGAGAGUCGUCUACGGCAACAAGACUCUAUUUUGGCUCGACGUCAGGAGUCGGUUCUCGGUCGAGUCCGCCGGUUGCUCAGCGUUCAGGAACCUCCUGACCUCCGACCUCCUCGGCCCACUUUCAAGCGACACAGCAGCGACGCAACUGGCAGCUUUUUCCCAGACCUCAGGUAUCGGAUCAACAUGGGUUCGGACGACUUGCCCCCACCUUCCAUGGACACCCUGUCAACCUUAAGGGAGGUCAGCAGCAACCCACCCUCACCGGAAAGUUCGCCCUCCACCGUUUUUCCUCAGCUGGUCAUCAGCCCGCCAUUGUUUGGUGAUGUUUCUCACAAUGCGGAUUCUCUUGACAAACCUCAGAACGGUCUGGACCAUUCCACCAUUGAGGAGGGACCAGGCUUGGACACCCCAAGGAAUGACCCCAUAGUAUGUUGUUCCCCGACUCAACUGGGCCCCAAAGAAUUUCGCUGGACGACGCUCAACAUCCCAUGUUACCCGCCACCCCGGCCAAGGGGGCGCCAGUUCUCACUCCAGUUCUCCAGGCAGAACUCGAAAGCAUCGGUCCGCAGCCUGCCGAGUCCCAAGGGUUUGGGCCGACGGAGGCGAGGCCUGGGUCGGUUCCAGUACCGGCGAUCACCUGGUCCAACGCCAGACACUCUGCAGCUCCCUAACCCUGAUUACGACCACGACUUCCAGGGAACAGCAGAGACUGAGAAUGAUGAGAAGGAAGGAACCAGCAAAGGCAAAGAUACUAAAAACACCAACUCUCAGUCGGAGAGUACGGAAAAGGAAUGAGAACCAUCACAACCGUCCAGUCAGACCAAUCAGAACAAUCAGAACCACCACCUUGUCUGAGAGGAAGGCUCAAAUUGAGUUUUAUUUUGUUGUUUGGAACUAACAAACACCUGGAAAGCUGGACAUACCAAUCUAUAAAGGGACGUUUUGAACCCAAAGUUUGGGUUUACCCCUUGUUGACUGCUUUGUCACUGGAAACAAACCCUACGUUUAACAGAUAGUUCUGAUUUAAUCCAACCAUUACUGUAUCUGCUGUGCCUCUAUGGGUCAGGCUAACUUUGUACUCUCCACCUCUGUUGUAGACACUCAGGUAAAUGAGGAACUGAAAAAUAAUUGCAUAUAAAUUGAGUUUUUUCUUGCCACUGUCACCUUAGGGCUUGCUCUGGGGGUUCAGGUAUAUGCAUCUUGAGACAAUCUGAAUUGUAAUUGGCUCUAUUUAAAUAAAUUUGAAUUGAAUUGAAUUGAAUUGAAUUGAAUUGAACUGAAUACAUGCUACAGCUUUCCAAAAAUGUUUGUAUUUGAGUCUGACUGGUCCACCAAAGACAAAAUUAUCCCAUUUAAAACAACCACUAUGGCUGAAACGCCUCCUACUCAAGAAAAUACCUGUAAGUUUAUCCCUCUUCAGUGUUUUAAUGGAAGACUAACUCUCAAUGCAGACGUGAAAUUAGCUUCUGAUGCUGAAUUUGGUGCAAAAAAAUAAUCUGUGUGGACUUCCUAGAGGAAAACUGGAGGGAUUCCCUUCAGCUCAACAUAGUGGAUGCCAUCUAGUGUCCGUUAGAAGAACUGUAGCACUUACUGACGAACUCAGGGGGGAUUUAAGAAUUGUGAUUACAGUUUGUAUUUAUAAAUGUAACUGAUUAAUUUGCACUUUCUGCUGCAGCUGCUGACUUUCCAAAAAUGAGUUUUUCAAAUAAAGUGUUGACGUAUUUCUUGACGGGUCACCAACAAUGACAAACGGCUUUAUCUUGUCUUGAAUAUAAAUAUUAUAUACAAUAAAAAUAAUAAAAUAUAAAUAUUACAUAUAAUAAUAGAAUAUAAAUAUCAUAUAUGAUAAUAAUAGAAUAUAAAUACUCCAUAUAAUAGAAUAUAAGAUACUAUAUAUAAUAAUAGAAUAUAAAUAAGAUAAGUCCUUUAUUUCUCCCCAC